AUGGCGUAUUCGAUCCACACUCUCCCUAAGCUCGACCAGGCGGAUACCACGUUCCAGGAGUUCUCGCGCAGGCUGAAAAAUCUCCGACUCCAGAGUCUAAAGGCCGAUCCUGAUAAGUGGGUUUCGAUUUAUGACAGCGAGGUCAAUCAACCAGAUGAUUUCUGGUGGAAUAGACUCCAGGACUCCCAAGCAAUCCAUCAUAUCCUUGUCAAGAAUACUUCUGAGUCUGAUGGCCCUGAUUCGAAAUCGGUUCUUUUGGCAGGUGAAUGGGUUGGAUUCGUUGUCAUCAUCGUUCCUGAUGCAGAAAACAAAUCCCCAGAAUACCUGAUGAAUGCUCUGUAUAUCGACACACAGGCACGCGGUAUCGGAUUGGGAAAACGAAUGGUCCGGCAAGUGAUAGACACGGUUAGAAAGCAUGAGACCAAAGCUGGACAGGCACCACCUUUCUGCACAGCAAGUGUCAGGCAUGGCAAUGAUUCAGCCCUCGCGCUUUAUCGAAAACUUGGGUUCCGUGUGGUCAACGCUGAUGGCAUUGCAGAAAAGGAAGGCAGGAAAUAUCGCACGAUUGAGAUAAGAUAUGAUAUUUGA